UUGACAUUUCCCAGAGGCAGGUUAGUCCCUCCAGGCGCCAGGCGGCUAAACCUGCGUGUCCCCGCCCCGCCCCGAGGCGCUGUGCAUCCCACCCCACCCCACUCCACCCCCAGCUCUGCUGGGAAGGGAGAAACCUUAUCCCCCGAGGCUCCCGGCCGGGGCGGAGACGGUGGAGGAAGGGGCGGUGCUGCAGACGGGCUCUAGGAAGCGGAGACCAACGGGUUAUGGACGCUGCGCUCGCCCCGAUGAGCUCGGUGCCCGGGCCCCGAGAGGCUGGCCCUGCAGGUGAGGAACAAAACAUGACAGAAACAGAUGCCUUCUACAGGAGUGAAAUGUUUGAUCCAGCAGAAAAGUACAAAAUGGACCACAAGAGGAGGGGACUCGCUUUAAUCUUCAACCAUGAGAGGUUCUUCUGGCACCUAGCGCUGCCGGAAAGGCGAGGCACCAACGCAGACAGAGACAAUCUUACGCGCAGGUUUUUAGAUCUCGGAUUUGAAGUGAAAUGUUUUAACGAUCUGAGAGCAGAAGAACUGCUGCUCAAAAUUCAUGAGGCAUCAACCUCUAGCCAUGUAGAUGCGGAUUGCUUUGUAUGCGUUUUCCUGAGUCAUGGCGAAGGCAAUCACAUUUACGCGUAUGAUGCCAAAAUUGAAAUUCAAACACUGACUGGCUUGUUCAAAGGAGACAAGUGUAAGAGCCUGGUUGGAAAACCCAAGAUAUUUAUCAUUCAGGCAUGUCGGGGAAACCAGCAUGACGUGCCAGUCAUUCCUUUGGAUGUCGUGGACCAUCCAGCAGACAAGCUGGAUGCCAAUGUCACCCAGGUGGAUGCGGCCUCCGUUUACACCCUACCUGCGGGAGCAGACUUCCUCAUGUGCUACUCUGUUGCAGAAGGUAUGUGGGUGUUUAAUACAAACAUAGAUGUGGCUCUCCUGGCUAAGUUCCUUUAA